UACUUUCCCCGCGGCCGGCCGAGCGAGGCGUGGGGGCGGGGCAGGGCGCGGAGCGCGCAUGCGCCGCAGCGCCAGCGCUCUCCCCGGAUCGUGCGGGGCCUGAGCCUCUCCGCCGGCGCAGGCUCCGCUCGCGCCAGCUCGCUCCCGCCGCCAUGUCCGCCACCGUCGAGCGGGAGUUUGAGGAGUUGGAUGCUCAGAAUCGCUGGCAGCAGCUAUACUUGGAAAUUCGCAAUGAGUCCCAUGACUAUCCUCAUAGAGUGGCCAAGUUUCCAGAAAACAGAAAUCGAAACAGAUACAGAGAUGUAAGCCCAUAUGAUCACAGUCGUGUUAAGCUGCAAAAUGCUGAAAAUGAUUAUAUAAAUGCCAGUUUAGUUGAUAUAGGAGAAGCGCAGAGGAGUUACAUCUUAACACAGGGUCCACUUCCUAAUACAGGUUGCCAUUUCUGGCUCAUGGUUUGGCAGCAAAAAACCAAAGCAGUUGUCAUGCUAAAUCGAGUCGUGGAGAAGGAAUCGGUUAAAUGUGCACAGUACUGGCCAACAAAAGACGAUCGAGAGAUGCUGUUUAAAGAAACAGGAUUCACUGUGAAGCUCUUAUCAGAAGAUGUGAAGUCAUAUUAUACAGUACAUCUACUACAGUUAGAAAAUAUCAGUAGUGGUGAAACCAGAACAAUAUCUCACUUCCAUUAUACUACCUGGCCAGAUUUCGGAGUCCCUGAAUCACCAGCUUCAUUUCUCAAUUUCUUAUUUAAAGUGAGAGAGUCUGGUUCCUUGAAUCCUGAACAUGGGCCUGCAGUGAUCCACUGUAGUGCAGGCAUUGGGCGGUCAGGCACCUUUUCUCUAGUAGAUACCUGUCUUGUUCUGAUGGAAAAAGGAGAUGAUAUUAAUAUUAAACAACUGUUACUGAAUAUGAGGAAAUAUCGAAUGGGACUUAUUCAGACACCAGAUCAACUCAGAUUUUCAUAUAUGACUAUAAUAGAAGGAGCAAAAUUUAUAAAGGGAGAUUCAAAUAUACAGAAACGGUGGAAAGAACUUUCUAAGGAAGACUUAUGUCCUGCUUUUGAUCAUUCCCCAACCAAAAUAAUAACUGAAAAAUACAAUGGUAAUAGGAUAGGCCUAGAAGAAGAAAAACUGACAGGGGACAGAUACACAGGACUGUCCUCUAAAAUGCAAGAUACUACAGAGGAGAGCAGCGAGAGCAUUCUACGGAAACGAAUUCGAGAGGACAGAAAAGCUAACACGGCUCAGAAGGUGCAGCAGAUGAAACAGAGGCUAAAUGAGACUGAACGAAAAAGGAAAAGUUUUCCCAAUUUUAAAAAGAAAAACAAACAAAGAAACAAAAAUUUUCCCUAAAAAUAUCUUUGAAGGAAAAUUCUCCUUACUGGCAUAGUCAGGCCAAGAUUGACAGACACCUAAAUAUUCAUGACUUGAGAAUAUUCUGCAGCUAUAAAUUUUGAACCAUUGAUGUGCAAAGCAAGACCUGAAGCCCACUCCGGAAACUAAAGUGAGGCUUGAUAAACUUGUAGAUUGCCUCACAUAUGUCUGUUUACAAAGUAAACUUUACAUCCAGGGAACGAAGAGAACCACCAGCAGAAGACUUUGCAGAACCCCUAAUUUGAUGUAUUGUUAAGUUUUUUAAUACGUGUAUGAAAUGUAGAAAGAUGUAAAAGAAAUAAAUUAGGAGAGACUACUUUGUAUUGUACUGCCAUUCCUACUGUAUUUUUAUACUUUUUGGCAGCAUUAAAUAUUUUUAUUAAAUAGA